AUGGAACGGGAACAUCUGAUUGAAUUCACUCAAGUGGUCGUCAAGAAAGCUUCGACAUCAGAACACAUGCUCAACAGGGUCAUGCCUAGGGACAACAUCGCUCUAUGUGCUGUAUUGCGCAUCAAAGAAAACGUUUAUAAUAAUCGACGAAUGACGAUGGCUGCAGCGGAUAAUGUAGUGGGUUCACCGCUCGUUGUUUGUACUGCACAUAUUCAUUGGGAUCCCGAAUUGUGUGAUGUCAAAUUGGUCCAAACUUUGAUGCUUGCCCACGAACUCUAUAGACUCCUUGAAGAGGUGGCUGAACAAUUUCGGAUAACACCGCAACAAACACCGGUUCUCAUAUGUGGUGAUUUUAACUCGCUGCCAGAUUCAGGUGAUCACUCAUCUCUGCAUUUAUCUGGUCUUUCUUUAGCCUCAAAUUCUAGAAUUGCUAUCUUUAUGCAACAUUUCUUUUUUACAAGUAAAAUUUCUUAUACGCGAAUAUGCGGAAGACUCUGACA